CCACAACUAACACCAACAGUGUCGCAUCAUUUAGGACUUUUCUGGACGUUUGAAAUUGUUCUUGAGCGUGAGGAAGCCCUCUGAGUGACAGGAAAAGAUGUGCUGUGAGCGUCACGGGGUGAUUAGUCUGACGGAAGACGUAUCGAUCUGAGGGGCCAGGUUCCCACCAGCAGAGGAGUUCCCCCGGAGCGUCCGAUCUGCCCAACACAGUCAAGUGCCUGGCCAGUAGAGGAGCGGCAAUCCCUUGGAGUGGAGCAAGAGAAGCUUCUCAUUUCCCCUACCUGCCUUCAGAGGUGUCUGAGAGGUAAGCAAAGCGAAGACCUUCCCGCUGCUUGGUCAUAAAUGCCCACGUCAUCGUCAGAGGGGGAGAGAAUCAGUUGAAACCUUCUGAGGAACACAGGAGAGCCACAUGGACACGCUGGAGAACCCGGCCCUGGAGCCCAGGUCCGAACGGAUCGCCCGCUACAAGGCAGAGAGGAGGAGGGAACUGGCGGAACGCUAUGGCAACAUGGAGGAGCUCCCCACCAAGUGGGUGAGGAGAGACGGGGGGGAGGCGCCGGAGCCUUCUCCCCAGACCCACCCUGACAGCCCGCCCCUCCUCACGGACAGAGCCCCCUGCGGGGGGGUGAACGGCCGGGCAGGGGGGGGAGACCCUCCGAGAGUCUCCAACGGCUUUGAGGGAGACGCUUCUGCAGAGGCAACACUCCUCAGAAGGCAACAUUCUUCUGGCUCUGUCAGCAUGUUCAUUAGGGGGGACCCUGUAGCCCCCCUAGGCCCCCCUGGACCCGACGCCCCCCAGCUGCACACUCGGGUGUCGGUGGGCCAGUUGAGGAGCGCACUGUUGCAACAGACCGGGAGUGCAACACAGCCUGAGAACGUUUGCUCAGACGGUGGGCUUGCUACCUCCUCCCUCGACCUCGCUGUCAAGCCCGGCACUGAGGGGGGGCGCCGACGCCCCCGUCGCUAUCUGCCAGGGGUGUCAGGAGGGGGCCGCAAGAACAACGAGCGCUUCAGGACACAGCCAAUCACGGCCAGUGAGAUGCAGGAGAGUGGCGGGCUUCCAGAGGCUGAAGAGGAAGAUAGCUGUAAAGCUGAUGUGAAGACGGAUGACAGGGCCAAAAUGAGUGUGGCAGCCAAGAUGUCUCUGUUUAAAGAGCUGGAGAAGACGGCGGCCCCCGAGGUGUCUUCCUUCCUGAAGCCUCGCUCCGGUAGCGUGUCCCACGAACGCAGGGUGCGUCGCGGAAACGAAAAUCGCUCUCUCACUCAACCAAUCACCUGUGAGGAAAUGGUUGCCAUCAGCAGCCCCAAGGCAGCCUUGUCGGGCCAGGCCUCCCCAGGCCAGGCCCCCCCAGGCCAGGCCCCCCCAGGCCAGGCCGAGCCUGUGGAGGACGAUGAGAGCUGCAAGCUGAGUAUGAGUGAGAAGCUGGCUCUCUUCAACAAGCUGUCCCUACCGGAGGGCCAGGGAGGCGGCCCUGCUGACGCCCCCCCAGAGAGACGCAGGCAGAAGGGGGCUCGCUACCGCACACAGCCCAUCACCGUGGAGGAGGUCAGUCUGCUCCAGAAAGCUCCCAUCCAGCUGCCCCCUCUGCGCCUGUCCCCCCACCUCUCAGACAGGCAGCAGGCCCUGUCCGUCAACCUGAGGCCCAGCGAGGUACGCCAGGCCCGGCACUGGCCUGGGGAGGCCUCCAGGGCAGAUAUAGAGCCUGGCUCAGGAGGACCUGGCACCAGCUCCUUGGAACUCUACUCCCCCCAGAAGUCGCUGUCACGCUGGGACUCUGAGCCUGGUGAGAUCAGAGGAAUCCUGAAGAAGAGUCGCUCUGGAGGACCAGAGUGGAGCAGGGACCGAGGUUUUGACAGCAGCCAAGAGUCCCCCUUCACCCUUGAGCAGAAUGGGGUGGAAGCAGCGGGCAUGGGAGAAGACAGUGGGUCUGGUUAUCGGAGAGAAAAACAUGGGGUGUCUGGGGGCGAUGGAACCCCGCUAUCUGGUGCCCCCUGGAGGCAGAGAGGGAGGAACAGGAGGGAGCCCAUCCCCGCGGCUCCAGUGAGGGCCUGGCCAGAACCUCAGGAGGAGAGGCCCUGCCAGGCGGCUGAGCAGGACUCCUCAGAUGUCUCCAGGGAGGAGGAAGAUGAGGAGAGGAGCAGCCGGAGGAGGAGGGACACCCCACCACGAGGACAUGUUGAGGUGUCUCAGGCAGACGGCUGUGGCCAGGAGACAGGCGGCUGGAGGAGGACGGACGAGAACCAAAUCUCUCACGAUGAGUCCGUCCGACCGCAGAGCUGGGAUCCUGUGUUUUCCUCAGUCUAUCCUAGCAGUACACCUCAGUAUGUCAUGUGUUUCAAUCAGACGACCCAGUCUUUUGAGGCCCAAGAGGUUUCCUCUGCCGUCCAGAGCCAGCCUCGUUCUCAGCCUCAAUGGAGGCAGAAGGUCCGACCAGCAGAGGAGGAGCAGGCCCAACCCCAGGCCCAGGCCCAGGCCCCGCUCCAGGCACAGCCCCAGCCCCAGGCCCAGGCCCAGGCCCAGGCCCAGCCCCAGGCCCCACUCCAGGCACAGGCCCAGGCACAGCCCCAACCCCAGGCCCAGCCCCAGGCCCCACUCCAGGCACAGCCCCAGCCCCAGCUCCAGCCAUCAGUGGCUGAGCGAAGGCGUUCCCUUCAGGAGAGCGAGGAUCAGUGGCAGACCAGAGGAAGAGGGGAAGCUGGACGGAUGACAAAACGAGGUCUGGUCUCUCCUGAACCCGACCGAGAUGACACUCCUCCCUCUCACAUUAAGAGACCCUCUACAGGGGCCACAGCAUGCAAAGGAGCAGAACCCCAGGAACCUUCCCUGGAGGUGACAUCCGAGCAGGCGACUGAAGGGACAGAGGCCAUGCCUCUGGAUGACCAGGGGACACUGGGAGGUUUCUACAGACAGCUGUCACCCCUGUCACCCGCAUCUGCUGCUCUUCCCAGCUCUGGCUCUGAGCCGCAGACCGACCUGAGUGCCCUCUGCCAGACUAACACACCCAUGCUGACUUCAGCGGUGGCGGAGCACAGGCGCUCGGUGCGCCCCUCUCGCAGGACCCAGGGCUCCAGGAACCCGCUGCGAGCCCUGGCCGCCAGGGAGGACCUCAGGCAGGACUUCAUGGGACAGAGAGUGAGCGAAGCGACUGCAGAGACCAACAGGAUACAAGCAGAGAAGAAGGUCAAGAACAACAGCGUGGUAGACUCAGCUCUGGCAGGUCUGGCCAGAACCGAGGUCGCCAAGGUCACCGUUGCCACGGACGCAGUCAACAACAACAGCCCACCAAUCAGCAAUCUUGUGCUCAUUCAGAUAAAAGGCAAGCGACAUGUCCAGGUGCGUGUGGUGGAGCCAACAGUCUGGUCUCUGAACAGUGGAGACUGUUUCCUCCUGGUCACAGCCAGCCACUGCAUCCUGUGGUGUGGAGAGUUUGCCAACACGUCAGAGAAAGCCAAGGCCUCGGAGCUGGCAGCCUCCAUCGUAGCCCUGGGGGAGCUGGGCUGCCAGGCUUCCCAGGUCACCUGCCUGGAGGAGGGGGUCAACACUGAGAAAAGCCAGGCCUCUGACUUCUGGAACAUUCUGGGAGGAAGGACUCAGUACAGAGGAGCGGGCGCCCCUGAGGAGGACGAGCUGUACGAAAGUGGGGUGGUGGAGUCCAACUGUGCGUACAGGCUGGUGGAGAACAGACUGGUGCCUCAUGGGCAGGCCUGGGCAGCUGUGCCCAGUGUCUCGCUGCUGGACUCCAGGGAGGCUCUGGUGUUUGACUUUGGCAGCGAGGUAUACUUGUGGCAGGGCAAGGACGUCUCCCACGGUGACAGGAAGGUAGCUCUGCAAUUGGCCCAGCAGGUGUGGGGCGGAGCCUACGACUACAGAAACUGUAGGGUGAACCCCCUGGACCCCGCCCACUGCAACGCCAACAUACAGCCGUGUGGCGAAGGGCGCCCCGGCUGGGCCCUGUUCGGUCUGGUGUCCGAGGGCAAUGAGACCGUUCUCUUCAGAGAGAAGUUUCUGGACAGGGAGGAGAAGAACAGGUGCAGAGAGGAGCCUGCGCCCCUGGUCCAGGUGACCCAGUCUCUCUCCACUCCUGUGAGUCCUGUGCCUGAGGUAACCAUGAUGCCCACGAUGCCCCCGCACUCAGAUGGUCUGUGUCCCUGUGAUGCCAAGGCCUUGGUGGCAGGUGAGGGUGUGGCGAGGGACACCCUGGCCCACGCUGCCCUGCAGGGGCUGGGUCUCCAGCGGGGACAGGGGAGGGUCACCCUGGAGGACGGGCGGCAAGGGGAGCUGUGCACGGUCGCCGUGGAUACCUGGCACAUCCAGGAGGGUGGGGACUGUGAGGUCGCCAUGGAGAGCCCAGGGCAGCUGCAUGAGGGAGACGCCUAUCUGGUCCGCUGGACCUACACCAUCAACAGCACAGUGGGACAGGGAGACAGCCCAGGUGAUCCUGACAAGGAAGUCUCCGCCCUUUUCUUCUGGCGAGGCCGGCACUCCAGUGUCAGUGGGUGGGGCAUGUCUGCUCUUACGACCCACCACAAGGGGGCGCAGGUGGAGGUCCGUCAGGGGAAGGAGCCGCCCUGCUUCCUGCAGCUGUUUCGGGGAGGUCUGGUCAUACACCGGGGUCGCCAAGGAGACGCCACCGCCAACACAGCGGCCUGGCGCCUGUUCUGUGUGCGGGGUGAGCUCCCGCAGGAGGCCUGUUUGCUGGAGGUGGACUGCUGCUGCGCCGGGCUGCGCUCGCGAGGCUCCGUCGUCCUGCUCGACAGCCAGCAGGGGGCGCUCUUCCUCUGGCACGGCUGCAAGGCCCACUCCGGCUCGCGGGAAGUCGGCAAGAGGGCUGUGGAACGCCUCACGCAGAUGUGUCCUGCUGAGCUGGGGCUUAGUAGUGAUAGCCCUCUAAGGGUACAGGAGGUGGAGGAGGGCUCAGAGCCGGUGGAAUUCUGGAACGCUAUUGGACAGCAGGACAGGAAGGCCUACGACUGCAUGCUUCAAGAUCCAGGGAAAUAUAACUUCACACCUCGUCUCUUUCACCUGAGCGCUGGCUCCGGAACCUUCAGAGGGGAGGAGCUACAGAGCCCUGGCCGCUUGCCAGGCGUUGUCAUGGCAAUGCCCUUUGUCCAGGAAAGUCUGUACUCCGUGCCACAGCCGUCCAUUUUCUUACUGGACAACCGCCUGGAAGUGUACCUGUGGCAGGGGAUGCAGGCUGAGGACGAUAACCGCUCUCCCUCAGCCUGUAGCACCCGGGACAAUGAGCGGAGGUGUGCCAUGCAGACGGUGCUGCAGUACUGCAAAGAGAUGAACCCCAGACGUCCACCGCUGGCCUACCUCAUCCUGGACGGAGCAGAACCCCUCACCUUCACCAACGUGUUCCCUCGCUGGGAGAAGAGACCCCAAGCUCACCCACAGGGAGAGAUGGGCCGGGUCAAGCUGACCCUGGUGCAGGACGCCCUGGCCCAGCUCACUAAGACCCAGUACCCCCUGGAUGACUUGCUGCGGGCUCCUUUACCUCAGGGCGUGGACCCCCUGUGUCUGGAGGUCUACCUCUCAGACCAAGACUUCCAGACUAUUCUGGAGAUGAAAAGAGAUGAGUAUGACUCACUUCCAAGCUGGAAACAAGUCAACCUGAAGAAAAGCAAAGGACUGUACUAGCUAACGUCAGAACAGGAACAUGUACUUGUAUUAAUGUCCGCAUAGCUUAAAAGUUUUUUUUGUUUUUGUAUUUUCUAUUUUUAAGAAAAUGUUACGUUGUCAGACGAUAACAUUCAUGUACAGUGUUUUCUUAGUAGUCGUUUUAUCUGUGUGUCUUAUUUAAGUAUGGUGUUUUAGGGCCUUAUUUUUUUGGGGUUCUCAGCCAAAUGCUCUCAGUUUCAGAGAGACAGGACUGCCUAUACCUUCAAACAGAAGGGCUAACUAUAAUCCCAAUCCUAGAUUAACUGUGUUCUUUUUUGUAUUCCUAAAACAUGAACGUGUGGGUGGCUUUCUUACUGAGUAGCCUUUAGAGUUUUUGUUGUUGUUGAAGAACAGACAGCCCGCACAUUUUCCUAUGAAACUUUAAUUUAUCUGUACAAAUCAAUGAAGGGAAUGAAUGAAAGAGAUAGAGAGGAGGAAUAGAAGGACGUCAGUAGUGAACUGUGGAUGGGAAGUGAAAACAGGACUGAAUAAAAAAAAAAUCUAUUCUAACAAACAAUGUAAACAAGGAGAAUAAAGGAGUAACCAAUGUC